AUGGGCGGCGGGAGCAGCACCCGGCGCGUCACCUUCGAGGCGGAUGAGAACGAGAACAUCACGGUGGUGAAGGGCGUGCGGCUGUCCGACAAUGUCAUUGAUCGUAUGAAGGAGCCUUCUUCACCCUCUGGAAGAGCCCAUCCUCAACAGCGAUCGACUUCUGGUGCAGUUAAUGAAGAAGAGCUAAAGAAAAGAAUAGCUGAAGAGUUGGCGCUAGAACGAGCAAGGAGGGAUUCAGAAGCCCAAAAGAGAAGGUUGAAGCAAGAGUCAACGUAUGGACGCGAUGAGUUGGGCAAACUGGUGGAGCGCGAGAGGGCCGCAACGAACGAGCACUUGGCUCGAGCCAUUCUCAGGGAGCGGGCGGCCACGGAGGAGGAGCGUCAGAAGGCCCAGCGCUUCGUAUGA